CAAUGGAACCAGGUCCUCCCCGCAGUGCGUAAGAGCGCAGUUUAGGAUUUAACCAAGUCUUUGCUGAGGGGCUGGCUGCAGUCUUCAGUGGAGCGCGCGGCCCGAGAGCGUGUCAUAAUGGUCCUCUAGUCUCACGGCACACACUGGACACACUUUUUAUCGCUUUGUAAUCACAGAAGUACUCGACAUUUCCACGCGUAACCGAAUUAUGACUGGAGUAUUCGACCGGAGGAGCGUCAAAGAUUUCCAGAGCUCGUUCCACAUCUCCAACAUGCACCAUCCGUCUCAGGAAUCCCCCACGUUGCCCGAGUCGACAGCCACGGACUCAGGCUACUACAGCCCGGGCCCCGCCGCCGCCGCAGCCGCCUCCACCACGGGCUACUGCUCCCCCAGCCCCACGCCGUACGGGAAGCCGCUCAACACGUACCAGUACCAGUACCAGAGCGUGAACGGAGCGACGGGGAACUACGGGGCCAAAUCCUACUCAGACUACGGCGCGUACACGGCGGCGGCGGCGGCGGCGGCGGCUUACCCACAAUACGGGACUUACAGCAGACUCCCGGGGCAAGCCAGUCCACAAGCAGACAAAGAGUUGGUGGAGCCCGAGGUGCGGAUGGUGAACGGUAAACCGAAGAAAGUGCGGAAGCCCCGGACCAUCUACUCGAGUUUCCAGCUCGCCGCGCUGCAGAGGCGCUUCCAGAACACGCAGUACCUCGCGCUGCCGGAGCGAGCCGAGCUGGCCGCGUCCCUGGGCCUCACGCAGACGCAGGUGAAAAUCUGGUUCCAGAACAGACGCUCCAAAUUGAAGAAGAUCAUGAAAAACGGCGAGCUGCCCCCGGAGCACAGCCCGAGCUCCAGCGACCCCAUGGCGUGCAACUCCCCGCAGUCCCCGGCCCUGUGGGAGUCCCAGGGCCCGGGCAGGACGCACGUGCUGCCGCCUCAGAGCCUCGGCGGCACCGGCAGCAGCAGCAGCGCCGCCGCCACGUCUCACUUUUUGGAAAACUCGGUAUCUUGGUACAGCUCGGCGGCCUCCUCGCACCUGCAGAGCCCCGGGUCCUUACCGCACUCCCUGGCGCUGGGAGCAGGGACGUUAUACUGAACCCGGACUGCGCGCCUCCCCCCCCGGACUCUUCAUAUUUCAGAGGAAUAUGCAAUGUAUGUGAUGGUCAUAGGAGCAAACGUGUCAAAUGUGUAAAUGUGUGCAUGUAAUUUAUUGCAUUUUUUGGAAGACUAUUAAACGUU